GUAGCCCAGACUACUCAGGGCAAUAGAGGUUUGUGUUUAAGCAUCAAAUACCUACAGCAAAAAAAUUGACAUAGCAUUCCAUUUUUUCGGCAGAAGCAAAACUGAAGAAGUUGAAAUUAUGGCUGAAGAAGAAUAUCAAAAGGAGAUGAAGGGGGAGUUGCAGGAUGAGGUUGCUGAUAUUGCUCCUUUUGAUCCUACAAAAAAGAAGAAAAAGAAGAAGGUUGUAAUUCAAGAUCCUGCAGAUGACUUGGUUGAUAGCUUGGCUGAGAAAACUGAAAGUUUAUCUGUUUCUGAGGGACUUGAGACUGCAUUUUCUGGUAAAAAGAAGAAGAAGAAACCGGCACACACUGACCUCCUGAGCGACGAGAAGGAAAACGUGGCUGAUGAUGUGGAUGAUCAUUUUGGAGAUGAUGAAGAAGCUGAAGGAAUUGUUCUACAUCAUUAUCCUUGGGAAGGAAGUGAUCGAGAUUAUGAAUACGAGGAGCUUUUGGGCCGAGUAUUCAACAUUCUCCGUGAGAAUAAUCCCGAGCUUGCUGGAGAUAGGCGUAGGACAGUUAUGAGGCCUCCUCAAGUUCUUCGUGAAGGAACAAAGAAAACUGUUUUUGUGAAUUUCAUGGAUCUUUGCAAGACGAUGCACAGACAGCCGGAGCAUGUUAUGACUUUCUUGCUGGCUGAAAUGGGAACAAGUGGAUCACUUGAUGGACAGCAAAGAUUGGUUAUCAAGGGAAGAUUUGCUCCUAAGAACUUUGAAGGAAUCUUGCGGCGCUAUGUCAAUGAGUAUGUCAUCUGCAAUGGCUGUAAAAGUCCGGAUACUAUUCUUUCAAAGGAGAACCGUCUUUUCUUCCUUAGAUGUGAGAAGUGUGGAUCUGGAAGAUCGGUUGCUCCCAUCAAGGCUGGUUUCGUUGCUCGUGUUGGCCGGCGGAAGGCUGGGACCUGAGCUGGGUUCUAGGAUUGUAGCUGGACAAUUUUCUCUCAUACUUGAGUUAGGUAAAGUUCUACUGCAGCUGAGCUGGCUUCUGCGAUUUUGGACAAUUUGUGUCAUACUUCAGUUCGUAAAGUUCUACUGUUGGUUAUGUAUACCCGACGAUAGUUGUUACUUGUGCUGCUUUGCGUAUGAAGAGAAGCUGGUUUACAUCCUGUUCGGAAAGUAUUGAAGAUGGCUCACAAAUGCCCCGUUAACUUUUUGGUCUAAAAAUAUCUUCAAUGUUUUUUGGGCUCAAAUACAUCCCCGAAACUAACGGACCAUGGAUGGAUAAAUUUGAAUAUUUAAAAUAGCCAUGUGGCAUUCCCUAA